GCAGCGCCUCGCAUCUCGAGAUGUCCACUAGUAGCACGAGCUCAGCACGUCCAAUGUGGAGGCCGUCCAACGAUGAGGUGAUUAUGGAUCGAUUUAGGCAGCGUGUCAAUAGCAAGUACGAUGUCAACCUUGCAAACUACGACGAUUUAUGGCAGUGGUCUGUUGAGAACUACCCUGAUUUUUGGGAGACGUUCUUUCAUUUUUCGGACAUUUUAUGCUCUCAAUCGUACGAAGAGGUGGUUGACAGGUCAAAGGGCAUCGACGAUAUUCCGGAAUGGUUCCGUGGAUGCAAACUGAAUUAUGCAGAGAAUUUGUUGCAAUGGAAUGAUGACAACGUUGCCUACGUGACUGCAGGAGAAGGACAGAAUGUCAAAGAGGUUACUUUUAGUCAGCUUCGUGCAAAUGUGCAGCGUCUAGCUGCAUCGCUGAAGGCUUCAGGAGUGACGGUGGGAGACAGAGUUGUUGGUUAUGUUCCUAACUCAUCACUUGCGUUGGAGGCAAUGCUUGCUACAGUCAGUCUUGGUGCAGUGUGGAGUUCAACGUCUCCAGAAUUUGGAGUGACUGGAGUUUUGGAUCGUUUCUCACAAAUCCAGCCAAAGGUGCUGUUUUCAGUCAAUGCAGUUCAGUAUAAUGAUAAAAUUUUUCCACAUCUUUCCAAAUUAAGGGAUGUCGUGAAAGGUUUGCCGUCUAUUGAAAAGGUGGUCAUUCAGGAAUAUAUUGGGGAUGUGAAUACAGAAGAAUUAACUAGCAUUCCAAACAGUGUGCUGUUAUCUCAGUUUGAAAGUGUUGCUGGACAAGACGUUGUUGAAGAAUUGGUAUUUGCACAAGUUCCUUUCAAUCAUCCUCUCUUCAUCAUGUACUCAUCUGGAACAACAGGUGCUCCAAAGUCGAUGGUCCACUCAGUUGGGGGGACACUAAUUCAACACCUGAAAGAACACAAAUUGCAUGGAAAUUUAGAUCGUCAGGAUCGGAUGUUAUACUACACAACAACAGGCUGGAUGAUGUGGAACUGGCUCGUAUCUGUAUUGGGAGUUGGUGCCAGUAUUGUUCUUUACGAUGGAUCUCCGAUGUUGCCAACAGCUAACAUUCUGUGGGAUCUUGUAGACAGACUUGGUAUUACUGUGCUGGGAACAGGAGCCAAGUGGCUUUCUGUGUUGGAAGACAAACAAAUUAAACCUCGUGAAACACAUAAGUUGACGACACUUCAUACUAUUCUGUCUACUGGAUCUCCACUCAAGCCUCAAAGUUUUGACUAUGUAUACAACGACAUUAAACCAGAUGUUCUGCUCGGCUCAAUCACUGGUGGGACAGAUAUCAUUUCAUGUUUUGCUGGACAAAAUCCUACUGUACCAGUUUACAAUGGAGAAAUUCAGUCACGCAAUCUGGGAAUGGCUAUGGAGAGUUGGAAUGAGGAAGGUUGUCUUGUAUAUGGGGAGAGUGGAGAAUUGGUUUGCACAAAGCCAUUUCCAUCUAUGCCGACUCACUUCUGGAAUGAUGAGGAUGGCAUCAAGUAUAAGAAAGCUUACUUUUCAAAAUAUGAAGGCAUCUGGGCUCAUGGUGACUUUUGUGUCAUUAAUUCACAAACAAGAGGAAUAGUGAUGCUUGGCAGAAGUGAUGGCACGUUAAAUCCUAAUGGAGUUAGGUUUGGAAGUGCAGAGAUUUACAACAUUGUGGAAACUUUUCCUGAAGUUCAAGACUCUCUGUGUGUUGCUCAGCUAAUAGAACUAGAGGAGAGAGUUGUUUUGUUUUUGAAAAUGGUUGAAGGACACUCGUUCUCACAAGACUUGGUUAGUCGUGUUAAGGCAGCUAUUCGUACCCAACUGUCAGUUAGGCAUGUCCCUGGUGUUGUUCUGGAGACGACGUCCAUUCCUUACACAGUAAGUGGCAAGAAAGUAGAGGUUGCUGUCAAGCACAUUAUUUCUGGUCAAGAUGUAAGCAAUCGUGGAGCUCUAAUUAAUCCAGAGUCAUUGGACUUGUAUUACAAUAUUCCUGAAUUGACUGUCAGACAGUGAUUGCAUGUGAGAUUGGAUCUGGUCAUCAAUUUGAAGAAAGAGAGAGGAGAGUUGAGUGCUUUAAGUGUCUAUACUUUUAUUACGAAGUCGAGAACUUGCCUCGUCAGUUUGUCGAUUGUGAGUCAGGCAAACUUAUAUUGACAUACACACAAUGUUUCAGUUUCUAACCAAGAAGUGAGUGUUGACAGGUUGAUUAUCAUGAGCUUAUGAAACAGUAUUUUGCUGCUAAAUUAAUUGUAGAGUUUAUGGUAGAUCAAGCUUAUUGCUCUGUCUUUGCAUACUAGGAAACAAAGACAUUGGUUUGUCUGUUACAUGAUUGUGUACUUUGUUCAUGGUUUUUGUUAAGACUUCACUGUGAAAUGCAUCCCUGA